CGCAAUGCCAGUGCUUUUAGUUGGGGAAAACGUCUCCAGAUCGCAAUUGAAGCUGCACAAGGUCUAGAAUAUUUGCACAAGGGAUGCAAACCACCACUAAUACAUAGGGAUGUGAAGACUGCAAAUAUCCUUUUGAGUGAACAGCUAGAGGCAAAGAUUGCAGAUUUUGGACUGUCCAAGGCUAUCCAAAAUGAUGUUACUAAUGUGCCCACGGCAGUGGUUGGCACACCCGGAUACCUUGAUCCAGAUUAUUACAUCUCCGGCCAACUCAGUGAGAAGAGUGACGUGUACGGAUUUGGGGUGAUCCUGUUGGAGCUCAUCACAGCUGAGCCGCCAAUUCUUAUAGGCAGACAGAAUGCUCAUAUAGUUCAACGGGUGCGCGAAAGGCUUGCCAACGGGAAUAUCGAGGAUGUCGUUGAUUCCAAGCUGCAGGGGGAGUACGACGUGAAUUCGGUGUGGAAGGUUGCUGAUAUAGCAUUUAGGUGCACGGCACAAGCCUCCCACCAGAGACCCACCAUGACGGAAGUUGUAGCGGAGCUGAAGGAGAGCUUGGCACUGGAAUGCCCUCGUGAUACCAUGGGCAAUAGUAACAUCUACGCAGAAACCAACGAGGCGAGCCAGAAUACCGCUAUAGAAAUGGAACGAUUUGUGGAGUUCUCUCCAUCAGCAAGAUAGAACCAUGGGCUGUGUGGGAUGAUGUGUACUUCUACGUUCAAUUGAGCUCUAAUUUUGUCUUAGAGACUGAUAUGUACUAUAAUGUUGUGCUUUGAUGAGUGUACGGUAAACACUAAGCUAAAUAAGUUCUGGGUGAAUUUUGGAU